AUGGAAAAAGCUUAUCAAAUAGUUCACGGAAAACCAAGUUUUAAUCCCCCACCGCCUGUCCAAAUCAAUCAUAACGAAAUCCCCGAACAAAACGAUUACAAUGAUGACAAUUUGGUGGCAUUAACGGCGGAAGAAGCUGGUUCAGACGCUUUAACCGCAGAAGAUCCGGGUGAAGAUCGUUUAAAAAUGUCAAAUCCGUUACCGCCUUGUAGCCAUUGUUCAGACGACAAAGAAAAUCAAAUACCUGAUGCAUUUACCUAUUUGGAUUUGGAUAAAUCUGUGUCGUGUGAUAAUUUACUAUGUGGAGAUAAAUCAAAGUGCUCGUCGUCUAGAAAACGUCGUUUCUCCGAUUGGGAAUCAGAUGAUGAUGUACAAAAUAAAAAGUGCAGAAACUCGGUUAAGAAUAAUCCCGUUCCUAUAGAUCUUACUGACAGUGAAAAAGCGACAUUAUUAGCUGAAGUGGCUAAUUCAGCUAGUGAUCUUAGCGAUGGCGAAAACGAGCCAUCAAAUACAAUGGAAAUUGACAGUAUCACUAGUUUGGUAUCUAUUUUUUCAUUCGAAACUGGUUUUACAAAUUUAACAAGGUCUAUGUCCACACCAGAUUUGUGUUCAGCUCAAGCUAAAGAACAUUUAAACUCUGACUCAUCAUGUGCGUUUCUCACAAUGACUGCUUGA